AUGGUUAAGAACACCCUUACACUUCGCUGCCUUAGAUACCUUAUUGGCGCCACUGCGAUAGCAACUGCUUUAGCAUCGUCUCUGCCUCAAGUCAACUUAUCUCGCUAUCAGUCAGCGACCCGCGCAGUAGCCGCUAUGGAUCCUCAGAUCUACAGCUUCGUCUAUUCGCUCGACCUGCCCAACGCGCAGGCUGACGCUGUCGCAAAUGUCUUCAGUGACGACCUUAACGUCGCCGCUUUCCUCCAUGGAAAAUCUUGCAAGUCUUCAAUGCUGACCGGUGUAGCUUGCGCAGCACUGAAGCUGGUUCUAGGAGACGUCAAAGUGGAAACGAAGCCUGUUGACACUACCAUAGUAGACGAUAAUUGGUCGCAAACAUGCUGGAAGUCGCCCUGCUGCGUAGUUUUGGCCGAGAGCACGACUGAUGUUUCCUUGGCCUUGAAGACGAUCAAGUUUUUCAAGCUCAAGUUCGCAACCCGCAGCGGAGGUCAUUCACCCAACCCUGGAUGGUCGUCGAUUGGUGAUGACGGCAUUCUUAUCGAUCUACAGAAGUUGAAUGGGAUCAGUGUAAGUGCCGAUAAGAAGGUUGCUACUAUAGGACCUGGCAAAAGGUGGGGAGAGGUUUACGAGGCAUUGGAUCCAUAUGAGUUAAGUGUAAUUGGAGGACGCAUUCCCCAGGUCGGCGUGGGCGGGCUCAUCCUCGGAGGCGGCUUCUUUCAUUUCUCUGGCAAGUAUGGGCUUGCAGCAGACAAUGUGAAGAACUUCGAGGUCGUUCUGGCUGAUGGAUCCGUCGUAAACGCCAAUGCUCAAUUCAACAGUGAUUUGUUCUGGGCUCUUAAAGGCGGUGGUCCCAAUUUCGGUAUUGUUACAAAAUUUGACAUGUACACUGUUCCGAUACACAAGAUAUGGUACACGGUUUCUGUUUAUAGCGCGAACGACGCUGUAGCCUGCAUCGAAGCCUUUGCCGAAUGGCAAAAGCUUGGAUCAUCCGACUCCAAAGCCACGGUAGCGAUGAUCAUUGGUCUCGACUCUAUUACACUGGGUUUCCUGUACGCCGAGCCCACAGUCCCUCAAGACGUCUUUGCUGCCUUCGACAAGCUUCCCGCGCCUCUCGCCGCUGCUGUUCCUCCUACGAUCGGCACUGUAAACACUCUCUCACAGAUUUUAGCAUCAACUUCUUCCUCGGAACCUAUGCGUCACGACUACCGAGGCAUCAGCUCCGACGUAGACGCUCAACUAUACAAGGACGUCUACGCCAUCUGGAAAGAGAAAGCGACCGCCGUACACGCUAAUACAGGUGCAAACAUGACCUUCGUGUUGCAACCCAUAGUCGCGGGCUUGACGGCAGCUAGCAAUGCAGCCGGCGGAAACCCGAUGGGCAUCCCGGAGAAGACGCAUCAAUGGUGGACCACGCUGGUUGACUGGACCGAUGCCGCUGACGAUACGACAGUGCGCGCCGUGCCCAUUGCAGUCACCGAGGCGUGGAAGCAGCAGAGUGAGCAGCGCAGCCUCGACAUACCUUUUAUCUUUGCCAACGACGCGUCGCGCGACCAAAACCCGAUUGUGUCGUAUGGUGCUGCCAAUGUGCAGAAGCUGAAGAAAAUUGCGGAAAAGUACGAUCCUGGGAGGGUGUUUCAGAAUCAGCAGAGCGGAGGGUUCUUGCUUAGAUACAUAUAG